AUGAAGCGCAAACUGGAUGCCAACGAUGUCCCUUCUCCUGAGACUACAGGAAAAGACGAGCAGGAACUUGAUUUCGAAGCCCUUGGGCUGGACCCACGACUGCGCCAGGCCCUGAUCAAAGAAAAGUUCUCCAAGCCUACUCUUGUUCAGGCAAAGGCUAUUCCGCUAGCCCUUGAAGGAAAGGAUAUUCUGGCCCGUGCUAAGACUGGUUCCGGCAAAACCGCUGCUUAUGUUCUUCCGGUCCUACAAGCCAUUCUCCAACAAAAAACUAAUGACCCCUCGUUGAAGGCAACCACUGGUCUCAUCCUCGUCCCCACCCGUGAGCUUGCUGAGCAGGUUCAAAAAGUUGUCACCUCCUUCACCAGCUUCUGCGGAAAGGAUGUUCGUUCCAUCAACCUGACCCAGAAGGUUUCCGACGCGGUUCAACGGACCAUGCUCGCCGAUUUCCCCGACCUGGUUAUUUCUACACCGACCCGGGUUCUCUCGAAUGUCAACAACUCAGCCCUUUCGCUUGAGAAACUUACACAUCUGGUGAUAGAUGAAGCCGAUUUGGUUCUGUCAUAUGGAUACGACGAGGAUAUCAAUGCUCUUUCUAAGGCUAUCCCACGGGGUGUGCAGACCUUCCUCAUGAGUGCCACACUUACUUCGGAGGUCGAUGCUCUGAAGAGUCUGUUCUGCCGUAGCCCCGUUAUCCUGAAGCUUGAGGACAAGGAAGAAAAGGGUGCUGAAGUGAGCCAAUUUGUGGUGAAGUGUGCCGAAGACGAGAAGUUCCUUCUCACAUAUGUCAUCUUCAAGCUACAGCUAGUUAAAGGGAAGGUCAUCAUUUUCGUUCACGAUGUGGACAGAUGCUACCGUGUUAAGCUUUUCCUCGAGCAGUUUGGUAUUAAGAGCUGUGUGCUUAACUCAGAACUUCCCAUCAACUCUCGACUACACGUCGUCGAGGAGUUCAACAAGGGUAUUUACGAUAUCAUCAUCGCAGCAGACGACCAGGAGAUUAUGGGAGUAGCAAAACCAAGCAAGAAGAUCCCAGAAGUGAUUGAGGAAGAUGAGGAAGAAGAAAAGGAGGAGAAGGAAGAGAAGGAGGAAAUCGGUUCCAGCGAAGACGAAGAAGAGGAAGAGUCCACAAACAAAAAGGCCCGACCUGAGAAGCGCCGCAAGAUGACUGGCAAGGAGAAGGACUACAGUAUCUCUCGCGGUAUCGAUUUCCAGAACGUCGCCUGUGUCCUCAACUUCGACCUCCCAUCCACCGCGAAAUCUUACACCCACCGCAUCGGACGUACCGGCCGUGCUGGUAAGGCCGGUAUGGCGCUCUCUUUCGUCAUCCCGGCGGAACAGUAUGGAAAGCACAAGCCGACCUCAAUCAGCAGCUCCAAGAAGGACGAGGCUGUUCUCGCCAAGGUUGUCAAGCGCCAAGGCAAAAUGGGCCACGAGGUCCGACCGUACCACUUCGAAAUGCAGCAGGUCGACGCCUUCCGCUACCGUAUGACCGACGCCCUGCGUGCUGUCACUCGCCUUGCGGUUCAGGAGGCCCGUGCACGCGAGAUUCGCCAGGAGCUUAUUAAGAGUGAGAAGCUGAAGCGCCAUUUCGAGGAGAAUCCAGAGGAGCUGCGCCAGCUGCGCCACGAUGGUGAGCUGCGAGCUGCUCGGGUGCAGGCGCACUUGAAGCACGUGCCGGAAUAUUUGAUGCCUGCCAAGGGACGCAAGGGUAUUUCGAAAGAGAGUGUUGGAUAUGUUGGCUUCAGGAAGACGAAUGAGAAUCGUAUUCGCAAGGCCAGAGAUCGUAAUCGCGCGAAGGCGAAGGGCAAGAAGCCCUCUGGCGGAAGGGUUGAUCCUUUGAAGACGUUCAACCGGGGUCGGAAAUAG